CACAUGACGACGGCCUGGCUUCCAGGAAAGGAAAGUGAAAGUACUUGGGCUGAUCCUACAGAGCUGCCUCCGAGUCUGCAGCCUCCCUCUACCUCCGGAAACUGAUGUGUGGCCCACCUCAUCCUGUCUGAUCACCACCAUGUCACCAACAUAAUCAAUCUGUGUGAUGUUCUUUGAGAGGCCCAGGUGAUCCAAAUAUCUUUGGACUGUGUUAUGACAAAGGACAGGUGCCGCACCUGAGGGGCUGACAGAUGGGCAGACUUUCUUGUCACAGCUCCGGGAAAGGACAGAGGAAGUAAAAAUCUAAGCAAGAGUGAUCUGGGGCUGGCUCCAUGGUCUAAGAAGAUGGCAAGUGCAGGCAGCUCCUCAAACUGCAGAAUGAUCACAGGGGAUCAGAACCCAGAGGAGCAGCACCCAGUGGAGCAGCUUUGCUAUGAGUUCGUAUUCAGGCUCUUCAAAGAAAAUAAGGUGGAGAUUGCAAAUGCCAUACCAAAGCCAUUUCCUUUCCUCAUGGGCCUGCGAGAUCGGGACUUCAUCUCUGAGUCGAUGUACGAGCAUUUUCAAGAAGCUUGUAGAAAUCUGGUCCCGGUGGAAAGAGUGAUGUAUGAAGUUCUCAGUGAGCUGGAGAAGAAAUUUGACAAGACGGUUCUGGAAGCCCUGUUCAGCCAGAUUAACCUGAAGGCCUAUCCUGAUUUACUUCAGAUUCGCAAUAGCUUCCAAAACGCGAUUUGUGACAACUUCUAUUACCAAACCAUUGAUGAAGGAGAGACAAAGGAGAUGCUCAACUCACAAUUAAACCAUGAACAAGUGUCCUUGGAGUACUCACCUCUCCAAAUGAACAGUGUAAGAGGAUUUGAAGGUAUGCCCAGACUACUGACAUAUAAUAGGCAAGAGAUCAGCAAUGCCUGGGAUGAAGAAUGGCCCCAGGAAGCCUUGAGCUUCUCACCAAGAUGUGUGCCAGGUCCCUCUGAGCACAAAUCUCUCCAAAGGACCAGCAAAGGCAAUUCUGCAGAGAUGCCCAAACUGCAGCGAGAGGAUAACAAUGCCUGUUAUGUGAUCUGUGAUGAAGAAGAGCCCCAGGAAGCCCCAAGCUCCCCAUCAAGAUGUGAGCCAGAGGAUAACAAUGCCUGUUAUGUGAUCUGUGAGAAAGAAGAGCCCCAGGAAGCCCCGAUCUCCCCACCAAGAUGUGAGCCAGUAUCAUGUGAUCCUGAAGCUUCCCAAAUGACUGACAAAGAAGAACAAGACGAGCUUCCCAGUCAACCACUAUCUGAUGGAGAAGGAACAGAGCUACCAACGUUUGGAAAUAAGUGCUCCUGUGUGAUGUGCUUCUCUAAAGAUGUGCCCAGAAGUCCAGAAGGAAGAACUGAAAGUACGCAAGCUGAUGACAUGAUAGAUAUGGCGGAUCUUGGGAAGAACUCUACUGUGAGAAAACUCAAGAGGAGAAGAAAAAAAAAGAAAGGUCGUUCCUGGACAAGAAUAAAAGCAAAAUCGAGAAACAUACAUCGAAAAGCCCUAGACAACAGCGAAACUGCUGACCAGCCAGCCCCAAGUGAAAAGAUGGUGAAAAUGCGUCUGCAGGACCCUGUCAAGAUCAGGAGGAAAAAGAGCGGCAGACCUAGACUCCACUUUACUAAUAAUGACAGAACCCCACAGAGAAGAGCUAGGACAAGAGGGAAAAGAAGGUACAGAUAUGAACAUGUGAAUUUUCACUCUCAGAUAAUUCCUGUGACCUGUGGUAAGGUGAAGGGGAAGUUAUACAAGAAGAAAUUGAAAGAAGGAGUCCGGGUGAAGUGUGUACAGAGUGAGAGCGGAGACUGGUUCACCCCCAGGGAAUUUGAAAUCAGAGGCGGCCACGAACGAUCAAAGAACUGGAAGUUAAGCAUUCGCUGCGGAGGGAGGCCCCUGCAAUGGCUGAUGCAGAGAAGAUUUCUCCAUAAUCCUCCAAGGAAAUAUUACGGGAGAAGAAAGAAAAGAGGACUGAAGUCUCACAACAACACCUUAGAUGACCUUUGUCUGGGAAACUCAGAUGAGUGUGAGACCUGCCGGGAUGGAGGAAAGCUGUUCUGCUGUGACACCUGUUCGAGGUCUUUUCACGAGGACUGUCACAUCCCGCAGGUGGAAACUGAGAAGAGCCCGUGGAGUUGCACCUUCUGCAGGAUGACAGAGUCUUCAGGAAACCAGCAGGGUCUCCAGGAAUCUGAGGUCCUGGCGAGGCCGAUGCAGCCAGAGGAGCAGCUGAAAUGUGAGUUCCUCCUCUUGAAGGUCUAUUGCCAUUCAGAGAGUACCUUUUUUGCGAGGAUUCCAUAUUAUUAUUAUAUCAAAGAGGCUUCUAAAAACCUCAAGGAACCCAUGUGGUUGGACAAGAUCAAGAAGAGGCUGAAUGAGCACGGCUACUCCCACGUGGAAGGGUUUGUGCAGGACAUGCGUCUCAUCUUUCAGAACCACAGGGCCUCUUACAAGUUCAAUGACUUUGGCCUAAUGGGACUUAGACUGGAGGCAGAAUUUGAGAAGAAUUUCAAGGAAGUGUUUGCUCUUCAGGAAACAAAUGAGGACAGUUGUCUGGAAUAGUGGAUGUUGUUGGAGUCCUGGAAAUUCCCCUUUAGGCCAAAUAUCUCAUUCCCCAGAUGCAUGAAACGUUGGCUGCUGAUGUCACCCCUCCCCAGAGCACUGCCUUCAGCCAAGUGGAGCCAACUUCACCUGGAGGUUACACAGCCUUGGCCUGGGGGCCGGCCACUGGUCAACCCAACCUUCAUGCUCUGUGCAUCCUAUGGGAUCAGGCUGGAGCCUGUCUGAAUACAUCCAUCCUUAGCUUUUUGCUUAAUACUGUCCUGCUUCCCUCAUCCCUUUCUAGCAAAGAAACACAAAAUAAAUUACUUAAGUAAAAGA